AUAUUUUUAGCUCAUUUGAGAGUGAGAGACGACGCAUUUGGAGAAGUUCUUCUCGGACGAGUAGUUGAAUAGUGUACAUCUAGUAGAGACCAGCCUAAGAUCAUAAAGACUGAAUUCGACUCAUAUUCGAAUAUCGUUGCUGAGCGUGUGUUUCUCAAAUAUUGUUGUUGGGCUCUAUGCAUUUUCUGAUCAUCAUAUCAUCUUUCUAAUAUAUCAGUGUUUGACUUUAAUCCAAGAGUUUCGAUCUUCUAGAUUCCAGAAUGACGACGCGCUGCCACUGUUUUGCCAUGUUUUUACUGGUUCUGAUCUUGUCCUCCACCUCCUGUGUGCAUGCGUCGAGAUCACGGGAGGCGGAUUUUAUUGGCGAGACCGAUUUGAAAGCUGGUCAAGUUGGUGGCAAGGACCUUCGAAUAUCAAGGGCUUGGUGCACUACGCAAAGAUCGGUGAACACUCCACCUGGUGGGUCGUCUUCGAUGAUGGGCUUUCUUUCACCACGAGGCAGUCCAGGUGAACACGACGAGAGGAGUUCUGGAUAUGGUGGUAGGAACCACGUCACGACAGGGCAGCAUGAUGCCAGAAUAGAUGGAAAUGGCCUUGCUUUGCACCUUGGAGAGGAGCGUGAGUAUGUUUUUGGUGUUGCAUCAUUCGUUUUCGUCCAGAAGCUUUGA